UCUGCUAGUCCAGCCCUGGGCCCCCAGCCCUACUCCCCAUCCCCGGGUCCCGGGAGUCACGCGGAUCCCGGCGGCGGCGGCGGCUUUAGAGCAGCUGCCUUUGCACUGCCUGACCAUGGCGUGGACCAAGUACCAGCUGUUUCUUGCCGGCCUCAUGCUGAUCACUGGCUCCAUCAACACCCUCUCGGCUAAGUGGGCUGACAACUUUGAGAGUGUGGGCUGUGGAGGAAGCCAGGCCCACAGAUUCCAGCAUCCUUUCCUCCAGGCAGUGGGCAUGUUCCUGGGGGAGUUUUCCUGCCUGGCAGCCUUCUACUUACUUCACUGCAGAAUUUGGGGGAGCACAGACUCUAGUGUGGAACCCCAACAGCCAUUCAAUGCUCUCCUCUUCCUACCACCCGCCCUGUGUGACAUGACUGGGACCAGCAUCAUGUAUGUGGCCCUGAACAUGACAAGUGCCUCCAGCUUCCAGAUGCUUCGUGGGGCCGUGAUCAUCUUCACAGGUCUUCUCUCUGUAGCUUUCCUGGGACGGAAGCUGCUGCCAAGCCAGUGGGUGGGCAUCAUUGCCACAAUUGCUGGCUUGGUGGUCGUGGGUCUGGCUGACCUCACAAGCAAGCAUGAUGAUCAGCAUAAGCUCAGCGAUGUAAUCACAGGAGACCUGCUGAUCAUCAUGGCCCAGGUGAUUGUCUCCAUCCAGAUGGUGCUGGAAGAAAAAUUUGUCUACAAGCACAACGUGCACCCUCUUCGGGCUGUGGGCACUGAAGGAUUCUUUGGCUUUGUCAUCCUCACCUUGUUGCUGGUGCCCAUGUACUACAUCCCUGCUGGCUCCUUCAGUGGGAACCCUCGGGGGGUGCUAGAAGAUGCACUGGACGCCUUCUGCCAGAUAGGAAGGCAGCCGCUGAUCAUCGUGGCUCUGCUAGGCAACAUCAGCAGCAUCGCUUUCUUUAACUUUGCUGGCAUCAGUGUCACCAAGGAGAUGAGUGCCACCACCCGCAUGGUACUGGACAGCCUUCGUACUGUGGUCAUCUGGGCCCUCAGCCUGGCCCUGGGCUGGGAGACUUUCCACCCACUGCAGAUCCUAGGUUUCUUCAUCCUCCUGCUGGGCACAGCUCUCUACAAUGGGCUGCACCAGCCCCUGCUGGCCCGUCUGCCCUGGUGUCAGCCCCCAGGGGAGGAGCAGGAGCGGGAAAGGCUGCUCGAGGGCAGCCAUACCCCCAUCAAUGAGAACAGCUGACUCUCUGCCAGGCCUGCUAUGGACUGAGCCAUGCAUUUUAGGUUCCUUUUCCUGGAGGACCGAGAUCCCUGGGAUCCUGUGGAGGAACCUGGGAAAUAGGGUGUCUAAGGUCCUUUCUCCCACCUCGUUGCCUUCUCCUUCAGGAGAACACUGGAUGUGCCACUGAAGUUGAAACCUCCUAUCCUUUCCUCUGACAGUGUUUUACAGCCUCCUUGGGUCCAGGACAUACCUUAAAAGACCAGAGAGGACCCAGAGACCCAGGCCAAGGGCCUGUGCUCCCCUGUGUACACCUCCAGCCUCAUGUAGAGUGAGGACUUGGACUGAACCAGGCACCUGAAUUGUGUUGAUUUGCCAGAUUACAAAUCCAAACAGAAUGUUAAUCAUUUCCCUUGAAUCAUGAAUCAGAUUUAGUUUUCUAAAAAAACAAACAAACAACACUUCAGAACCAGUCUUACUUAAA